AUGCUGUUAUUCUUCUGUUUCGAGCAGCAAGGACUUCGAGCGGAGAGACUGUUCGAUCAACUCCACAUGUUACUGUUGUUCGCACUCACGGGUCCUCUGCCGCCUUCGUCUCACAACACAAUUCUGAGCAGAAAUAAUUUGAUUGCAGGUGAUGUUGAAAAAUGUUCACCUCCUGGCAUGCUACAGUUUCUUGCAAGAAGCUGCAUAUGGCUAAUGCUUGCAGAAUUCGGUUUGGAUGUUGCUGUUUUCCUCUAUGGAGAACCCAGAGAGUAG